UGUCCAACCCGCAGCCGCUCCCAUGCUUGCCUGCUGGGCACUUGGAAAUGUGGCCUGUGCCUUUGAGGACUUGACAUUUUAAUUUAAUAAUAAACCUUUAUUUUAAAAUGAAUAAUAGUAAUUUAAAUUUCUAAGGAAUCACUUUUAAUGAUUUAAAUUUAACCAGCCACCUGUGGCUAGUGGGUGCCACAGGACUGGAGGCUGUAUUCAGAGUCAAGGCCAAGUUGUUGGGUGCAAAUCCCAGUUCUGACCCUCCUGGCCUCGGGACCUGGAGCAGAGCUCUCCACAGCAUACAGUGCUCCCUCCACAGCCCGUCGGACGGCCCCGAUGGGGAGUCAUCUGCUCUGGUGGGUGGCUGUACUAGCCCUAGGAGGUUCUGGGUCAUCAGGGGAACAAACACCCAGAGGCAGGCCAAUAGCCCAGAGCAGGACAGGAGUGGCUGCACGAGCUCCAGACGUUGGGGUAUCCUCGGCACUUCCUUGGAUGUGUCAGUCCCAGAAGGCUUCCUGGAAGCGGAGGGGGAGGAGGCACCAUUGGACUGGAGCUGUGCCCGAAAGCAUAGCCCUGUGAGGACCCUGUGCAUGGCACCCAGGCACGUGGCCCAGGCCUGGGCAGGGAAGAGCUGGCGGAAUGGACUGAGAGUCCCAGCUUCCCCUCUUACUAGUCAUAACCUUGAGAGAAUCACACCAGCCUUUCUUCUUCUUCUAUAAAAUGGGAGAAUAAGGCCUGACAGGGAAGUGGUGAGGGUAACACCGAAUGGUCGCUGUGAAAGUUCUUUGCAAACACUAGAAAGCUGGGAGAAAGGAAGGCUUAUCCUCAAGGGUGCUGGGCCCCUGGACUGGCCUCUCAAGACGACAACAGAUGGUCACAGCUUGUCUGUGGCCCUGACCGCGGACACAGGCAGGGAUUUCUGCACUCUCCCUUCCCCCAGCGCUGCACACGGCCCAGAUGGGGGCCCACUUGGCCAGCCUGGCUCAGGCUGGCCUCCUGCUGUUUGGCAUUUGACAUAUGAGGAGAGGAGUCCAGGGCCAGAGCACACCCCCACCCCUGGCCCCAGAGGAGCCAGACUGGCGGGGAGGCCUCACUACCUUGAGAAAGUGGGACCCUGAGGGCCCUGAUCUCUUUAACAUGUGUCCGGUGGCCUUUGAUGGGAAAUCCAUCGCCCCUGUUGUCCUCGCCCAGAGGCCUGACUCGGGGAAGAAAGGAGUAAGAUUUUUAAAAAAAAGGUCAGGUGGAAUCCCUGGGGGCUGGCGUGGAAGCCCCUCAGCUCCAGCCAGAUCAGGAUGGGCGUUUCCUCGGGGUGUCACGAGACACCCCUAGCCACUCCCGAGGGCAUGUCUUGGCUUUGCCUCUUACCACCAUUCCAUGUGGGCUCAAAGGCCUGCUUCUCAUCUUUGUUUGGCUCAAGAGGCGAUUUCAAGGCUCUCUGCUCAUCCAUCCGUCCAUCUGUCCGUCCCUCCUACAGGCUAAGAAUCUGUCCCCUGCCAGGCACUGCCCUAGGUGCUUGGGACAUGACAGUGAGCGAAACAAAGUCCCCGCUCCAGUGGGGCUUCCUAGUGAGCGAAAGAGCAAAGCAGCGAGCAGUUCUGUCGAAGAUGCACUGGACACCAGAACACGCCCAGCCCCUCAACCAGUGGCCGGAGCAGCACCUGGACGUCUCCUCGACCACCCCUUCUCCGGCCCACAAGUUGGAGUUCCCCCCAGGGGGUCGCCAGCGCUGCCACUACGCCUGGGCCCACGACGACAUCUCUGCCCUCACCGCCUCCAACCUCCUCAAGCGCUACGCCGAGAAGUACUCCGGGGUCCUGGACUCGCCCUACGAGCGCCCCGCCCUGGGCGGCUACGGCGAUGCCGCCUUCCUCAACGGCGCCAAGGCGGACCCCGAGCCCUGGCCAGGGCCAGAGCCGCCCUACCCCUUGGCCUCCCUCCACGAGGGCCUGCCGGGAGCCAAGGCGGGGAGCGGGGGAGCCUCCGGGGGCCUCGGGGGCUCCCCGGUUUUAGGGAACCUUCCUGAACCCCUCUACCCCGGCAAUGCGUGCGGCGGCCCGUCGGCGGCGCCCGAGUACCCGGCGAGCUACGGCGGCGGCUACCUGGCCCCCGGCUACUGCGCGCAGACCAGCGCCGCGCUGCCCCCGCCGCCCCCCGCCGCGCUCCUGCAGCCCCCGCCCCCGGGCUACGGCCCCUCGGGGCCCCUGUACAACUACCCCGCGGGGGGCUACGCGGCGCAGCCCGGCUACGGGGCCCUGCCGCCGCCCCCGGCCCCGCCGCCGCCCCGGCCCUACCUGGCGGCGCCCACGCCGCUGCCCGCGCCCGCCCCGCCCCGGCCGGCGCCCGCGCCCUACGGCUUCCCCGCCGCGGCCCCGGGGGCGGAGGCCGGGGUGUCGCUGAAGCGCAAGGCCGCGGACGAGGGCGCCGAGGGCCGCUACCGCAAGUUCGCCUACGAGCCCAAGGCCCCGGCGUCCGAUGGCGCCGCCUACCCCGCGGGGGACCGCGGCGAGUGCCGGGGCAACGGCUUCCGCGCCAAGCCGCCGGGCGCCGCGGAGGAGCCGGCGGGCAAGUACGGGGGCGGCGGCGCCCUCAAGGCCCUGGGCGCGCCCGUCUACGGCCCUCAGCUCGAGCCCUUCGAGAAGUUCCCGGAGCGCGCCCUGGCGCCCGCGGCGCGCGGGGCCUUCGCGGUGCCGUCGGCGGAGCCCCCCAAGGGCGUGGACGCGGCGGCCCUGGAGCUGGCGGCCAGCAAGAUGGUGGACUGCGGGCCCCCGGUGCAGUGGGCCGACGUGGCGGGCCAGGGCGCGCUCAAGGCGGCGCUGGAGGAGGGGCUGGUGUGGCCGCUGCUGCGGCCGCCCGCCUACCCCGGCGGCCCGGGCCCGCCGCGCACGCUGCUGCUCUUCGGGCCUCGCGGCGCGGGCAAGGCGCUGCUGGGCCGCUGCCUGGCCACGCAGCUGGGCGCCUCGCUGCUGCGCCUGCGGGGGGCGGCGCUGGCCGCGCCGGGGGCCGCCGAGGGCGCGCACCUGCUCCAGGCCGCCUUCGCCGCCGCGCGCUGCCGCCCGCCCGCCGUGCUGCUCAUCAGCGAGCUGGACGCGCUGCUGCCCGCCCGGGACGACGGCGCCGCGGCCGCGCUGCAGGCGCCGCUGCUGGCCUGCCUGGACGGCGGCUGCGGCGCGGGCCCCGACGGCGUGCUGGUCGUGGGCACCACCUCGCGGCCCGCCGCCCUGGACGAGGCGACCCGCCGGCGCUUCGCCCUCCGCUUCUACGUGGCGCUGCCCGACGGCCCGGCGCGCGGGCAGAUCCUGCAGCGCGCCCUGGCCCGGCAGGGCUGCGCGCUGGGCGAGCGGGAGCUCGCGGCCCUGGUGCAGGGCACGCAGGGCUUCUCGGGCGGCGAGCUCGGGCAGCUGUGCCAGCAGGCGGCGGCCGGCGCGGGCCUCGCGGGCCUGCAGCGCCCCCUCUCCUACAAGGACUUGGAGGCGGCGCUCGCCAAGGCGGUCCCCAGGGCCUCCCCCAAAGACCUGGACUCGUUCGUGGAGUGGGACAAAAUGUACGGCUCCGGACACUGACGGCGCGCCGG